AUGCAUACUGUCACAUCUGCCGAUACGGUACAUUUGGUCCAAUUUCUAGGCGUCUUUAGCCUGCUCUUCGGCCUCGUGACGCUUUGCGAUCUGCAGAAUUUCUUUGUCGCUACCAUUCCGCUCGUCAUGGCCGGUGGAUCGCUCAUCGUAGUUCCUUACACGCAGAGGUUUCAAAAGCUGGUAGAGAUCGGUAUGUUUGAACGGACCAUCAAGUAUUGCCUAGCGCUUGAAGCUAACCUUGUACACUCAGAUGAACUCGCUGUUAGACCGAAAAAGACCAGAAGUAAUGAGGGUGGCGCGAACCGACAAAGCAGUCGACGGAAAGCUCGUGAAGAGCGUAAACGCUGGAAGAAGGGCAAAUUCUUCGAUCGCAUCAACUGA